GAUCUGGAGUUCCACGGAGUGAUGAGGUUUUACUUUCAAGAUAAAGCUGCUGGGAACUUUGCGACCAAAUGCAUCCGCGUGUCCAGCACGGCCACCACUCAGGACGUGGUCGAGACCCUGGCGGAGAAGUUCCGCCCCGACAUGCGCAUGCUGUCGGCGCCCAGGUACUCGCUGUACGAGGUCCACGUGAGCGGAGAAGAAAGAAGAUUGGACGUAGACGAGAAGCCUCUAGUCGUGCAGCUGAACUGGAACAAGGACGACCGGGAGGGCAGGUUUGUCCUCAAGAACGAGAACGACACCGCGCCGCCCAAGAAGGCUCAGAGUAAUGGCCCUGAGAAGCAGGAGAAGGAAGGUGUGAUCCAGAACUUCAAGAGGACGCUCUCCAAGAAGGAGAAGAAGGAGAAGAAGAAGAGAGAAAAGGAGGCGUUGAGACAGGCAUCUGAGAAGGAUGACAGGCCUUUCCCGGGAGACGACAUUGAAAAUUCUCGAUUAGCUGCUGAGGUUUACAAAGACAUGCCUGAAACCAGCUUUACUCGAACAAUUUCUAAUCCCGAGGUGGUCAUGAAACGGCGGAGGCAGCAAAAAUUGGAAAAGAGAAUGCAAGAAUUUCGGAGCUCAGAUGGGCGGCCGGACUCAGGUGGAACGUUGAGAAUUUACGCAGAUAGUUUAAAACCAAAUAUCCCCUACAAGACCAUCCUGCUGUCCACCACAGACCCCGCAGACUUUGCCGUGGCUGAAGCUCUGGAGAAGUACGGUCUGGAGAAGGAAAACCCGCAGGGCUACUGCAUCGCCCGGGUGAUGCUUCCUCCUGGGGCUCAGCACUCUGACGACAAAGGUGCUAAAGAAGUCAUUCUGGACGACGACGAGUGUCCCUUGCAGAUCUUCAGGGAGUGGCCGAGCGAUAAAGGGAUUUUAGUCUUCCAGUUGAAGAGGAGGCCUCCAGACUACAUCCCAAAGAAGAUGAGGAAACCCGCGGAAGGGAAGGUGCCGAAGGGGAGGGAGCGAGCCGAGGGGUCGGGCUACAGCUCCUCCCUCCCCGCUGAGAAGCUGCCCUACUUGGUGGAGCUGAGUCCAGGGAGAAGGGACCACUUUGCCUACUCCAGCUACCGCACCUCCGAAGAUGGUUCUGACUCCAGAGAUAAGCCAAAGCUCUACCGCCUUCAGCUAAGCGUCACCGAAGUGGGGACGGAGAAGUUGGAUGACAGCUCCAUCCAGCUUUUCGGCCCAGGUGUACAGCCCCAUCACUGUGACCUGGCCAACAUGGAUGGCGUGGUCACCGUGACGCCCAGCAGCAUGGACGCGGAGACCUACGUGGACGGUCAGCGCAUCUCGGAGACCACGAUGCUGCAGAGUGGCAUGAAGGUGCAGUUCGGGGCCGCGCACGUGUUCAAGUUCGUGGACCCGAGUCAGGACCAUGCCCUGGCCAAGCGAUCCGGGGACGCAGGCCUGAUGCUGAAGGGCCCGAGGCACAAAGCUGGGAUUGUUCAGGAGACGACGUUCGACUUAGGAGGAGACAUUCACAGCGCGACAGCGUUGCCCACAAGCAAGAGCACUGCCAGACUGGAUGGCGACCACGUGUCCUCUGCUGCCAGCACCACGGAGCGGGGGACGGUGAAGCCGGCGAGCAGAGCCGAGCAGCAUGACGGCCGCAGGCAGGAGAGCAGGACUCAGGAUGCUGCAGGGCCUGAGCUGGUGCUGCCUGCGAGCGUGGAGUUCCGGGAGAGCUCUGAGGACUCCUUCCUGUCGGCCGUCAUAAACUACACCAACAGCUCCACGGUGCACUUCAAGCUGUCGCCCACGUAUGUGCUGUACAUGGCGUGCCGCUACGUGCUCUCCGGCCAGCACAGACCUGACGUCAGCCCUGCGGAGCGCACGCACAAGGUCAUCGCCAUCGUGAACAAGAUGGUGAGCAUGAUGGAAGGCGUCAUCCAGGAAGUAGACCAGGUUGAUCAGAAACAGAAGAACAUCGCGGGGGCGCUGGCUUUCUGGAUGGCAAAUGCAUCGGAGCUGCUCAACUUCAUCAAGCAGGACCGGGACCUCAGCCGCAUCACGCUGGAUGCCCAGGACGUGUUAGCGCAUCUGGUGCAGGUGGCCUUCAAGUACCUGGUCCACUGUCUCCAGUCAGAACUGAACAACUACAUGCUGGCCUUCCUGGAAGACCCUGAAGAGAGCAGUCUGCAGAGACCGAAAAUCGACGACGUGCUGCACACGCUCACGGGAGCCAUGUCCCUGCUACGCCGCUGCAGGGUCAACGCCGCGCUAACCAUCCAGCUGUUCUCGCAGCUCUUCCACUUCAUCAACAUGUGGCUGUUCAACAGGCUGGUGACCGACCCCGACUCGGGGCUGUGCUCCCACUACUGGGGGGCCAUCAUCCGCCAGCAGCUGGGCCACAUCGAGGCCUGGGCCGAGAAGCAGGGGCUGGAGCUGGCGGCCGACUGCCACCUGAGCAGGAUCGUGCAGGCGACCACGCUGCUCACCAUGGAUAAGUACAUACCGGAGGACGUCCCGCACGUGAGCAGCGCCUGCUUCAAGCUCAACUCCCUGCAGCUCCAGGCCCUGCUGCAGAAUUACCACUGUGCCCCUGACGAGCCGUUCAUCCCCGCGGACCUUGUGGAGAACGUGGUGGCCGUGGCUGAGAACACGGCGGACGAGCUGGCACGCAGCGAUGGCAGGGAGGUGCGGCUGCAGGAGGGCCCCGGCCUGCAGCUGCCUUUCCUUCUGCCAGAAGACGGCUACUCCUGCGACGUCGUCCGCAACAUUCCCAACGGUUUGCAGGAAUUUCUAGAGCCUCUGUGCCAGAGAGGGUUUUGCAGAUUAGUCCCUCACACGCGGUCUCCAGGAACUUGGACGAUAUAUUUCGAAGGCGCGGAUUACGACAGCCACCUGAUGCGGGAGAACACAGAGCUGGCCCAGCCCCUGAGGAAGGAGCCUGAGGUCAUCACCGUGACCCUGAAGAAGCAGAACGGGAUGGGCCUCAGCAUUGUGGCCGCAAAGGGUGCCGGCCAGGAUAAACUGGGCAUCUACGUCAAGUCCGUCGUGAAGGGCGGCGCUGCCGACGUGGAUGGCCGACUGGCUGCAGGUGACCAGCUGCUCAGUGUGGACGGACGAAGUCUGGUCGGACUGUCUCAGGAAAGGGCAGCAGAGCUCAUGACAAGAACCAGCUCCGUAGUGACACUCGAGGUGGCAAAGCAAGGUGCCAUCUACCACGGCCUGGCCACCCUGCUCAAUCAGCCGUCACCCAUGAUGCAGAGAAUUUCAGAUCGUCGUGGCUCAGGUAAACCCCGCCCAAAGAGUGAGGGUUUUGAACUUUACAAUAACUCAGCUCAAAAUGGGUCACCGGAGAGUCCCCAGCUGCCGUGGGCAGAGUACAGUGAACCGAAGAAAUUGCCUGGAGAUGACAGGCUGACGAAGAACCGUGCCGAUCACCGCUCCAGCCCCAAUGUGGCAAAUCAGCCCCCUAGCCCUGGAGGCAAAAGCGCAUACACCUCUGGAAGCUCAGCGAGGAUAACGUCGGUCUCCACCGGGAACCUUUGCACCGAGGAGCAGACCCCUCCGCCAAGACCGGAAGCCUACCCUAUCCCCACUCAGACGUACCCCAGGGAGUAUUUCACCUUCCCGGCCUCCAAGUCCCAGGACCGGAUGGCCCCCCCUCCGGGCCAGUGGCCCCACUACGAGGAGCGGCCACACGUGCUUGCAGACAGUGCCCACGCCGGUGCCAUUCAGCGUGUUACUCGGUCCCAGGAAGAACUUCGAGAAGAUCAGGCUUACCAGCUUGAGCGACACCGAGUUGAGGCGGCUCUGGAAAGGAAGUCAGACAGCGACAUGUGGAUAAACCAGAGCUCGUCCGUGGAGUCCAGCACCUCCAGCCAGGAGCACCUGAACCACUCCUCGAAGUCCCGCUGCCCCCGCUGCCCCCGCCGGCGCCGCAGGCCAGGCCCGAGAAGCCCUGCUCCCUGCAGAGGUCCCAGGAGACGGUCAUCCGGGAGCUGCAGCCCCAGCAGCAGCCUCGCACGAUCGAGCGCAGAGACCUGCAGUACGUCACGGUCAGCAAGGAGGAGCUGUCCCCGGGCGACAGCCUGUCCCCCGACCCCUGGAAGCGGGACGCCAGGGAGAAGCUGGAGAAGCAGCAGCAGAUGCACGUCGUGGACAUGCUGGCCAGGGAGAUCCAGGAGCUGCAGGACAGGCCCGAGCGCUCGGCCGAGGACAGCGACCGCCUGCGGAAGCUCAUGCUCGAGUGGCAGUUCCAGAAGAGGCUGCAGGAGUCCAAGCAGAAGGACGAGGAUGACGAGGACGAGGAGGAGGACGACGUGGACACCAUGCUGAUCAUGCAGCGCCUCGAGGCUGAGCGCAGAGCCCGGGUGCAGGAGGAGGAGCGCCGGCGGCAGGAGGAGGACCGCGCACGGCAGGAGGAGGAGCGCGUCAAGCGAGAUGCCGAAGACAAGGUUGUGGUCCUCUGAGGGCGGCUGCGCGUUCCCGGGAGCCUGACGCAGUUUGGCUGGGGCCAAGGGGGCUGGAAAGUGCGUCUCUUAAGAUGCACCGGAAAGAGCGGGGCCUGCAGCCCUGGCUGUCGCUGGACCAAAACUUAAGCCCAUCUGGCCCGCCCUGCUCCUCGGGACUAUCUCCAGGCCCCUCCUGAGCUCGGGUGCCCUCAGACUUCUGAACGUCAGGGGUGCUCAGCAGUGAGCUCUUGGAAAGAGGGUCUUUCCUGGGGCCUCUCCUUGUACAGGACGUGACCAGCUCAUCUCUGAUGGUGCUGAGUUAGUUGGAACCGCGAGAGGCCCUGGGAACAUGGCUUUGCAAAUAGAUGGUUUCUGGCGCGGUCGGCCGGUGCUGGUAGAGCAGAAGACUUGUAAACUGUGACACGAGGAAUCUGAGUGUGUAAAGCCGAUGCUCGUUUGCAGUUAUUUAUUUCCGUAUGUUUUCAUUUGAGUGAUCCUUUUCAUUAAAUUUUAAAAUGGUAGCUAAUUUUAACAUUCUGAUGCGGGAGCUUCAAGACGCCCUCUGGCUCCCUCUCCACCGGUGGUGUCACAGCUGAGGCCCUCGGCGAGGAGGCCGUGGCCCCUGAGCUGCGGUCUGCCCUGUCGGAGGGCAGCAUGAGGCUGCUGUGGUUUGGGAGAAGCUCCUCUUCCCCUCUUCCCUUCUGUGAAGGUGGAGGCUUUGAGUGGCCCGGCUUCCAAUGGGGGAAAUGUAGUCUUGCCUCAGUCCUCGAUAGCCCAGCGAAGUACGAAGUACCUUAACAUUAACGGGAGUGCCCGCCCCAAUAAAAGAGGUCUUGGGCAGGCUGGUAGGGAUGGUACCCGUGAGGGCACAGGGAGGGACGUCAGGACACACGCCUCACUGGGAGGCGGAGGCUCUGCCGUGGGCACUCGGAAGCCCACCCUGUUCUCCGUCAUCCCCAGACGCGUGCAGGUCUGUCCGAGCCCGAGCGUCUGGGAUUAGGUUACCCUGCGAGUCUUCCCCUCCCGCAGUGCGAGUUGGCAUCGCUGAGCCCGGGCCUGGGCCCCGCGCCCCGGCGGCCGUCCUGCAUUGCCCACUGCCGCGCGGCGGGGUGGCGCUCUGUCUAGUGCCAGCACGCCCGCCCAGACCACGCAGUGUCCCUCACUGACUUAGCCCAGUCCUGCCUCGAUGGCACUGUGGUGGGGUGGUCGGUUACCCAGCUGGGCAGGGCAGGGCAGGGCUGGCUCGAGCACCGUGGAUGCUCUGGGCCCCCACGCCUGUGGUGUGGUGCUCUCUUAUGUUGGUGACAGCUUCGUCAUUGAGCGGCCACCGUCAAAAGGAGCUGAGUGACAUGUUUUUACAUGGAAAGUCCAAAGCUGGUGCAUCUGCUUUAUUGUAGAGAGUGCUUGGGGGUGGAACAAAGCCAGGCUGGGGUGUUGCACCCACUUUGGUAGGAGGAAGUGGACCCUGGGUCUCCCUGGGGUGUGGCCGAGCCCCGGCCGCCGUGUACCACUGAGACUCGGCCACACAGCAGACCCACACAGGUUGUUUGCGGGAUUCCCACCUGCCCUGGGGAACCGUUUUCUGUGUAGACGAGAAGAGGGAAGUGCCUUUCUUUCUCCACACAGAGCGAGAAGGUGGAGUGGAAGUGGGUCCAGGCAAGCGGAGGGCACAGGCCGGGUCUGAGUGAGUGCAGGGCAUGCCGUGUCGCAGCACCGGCCAGCCGCGGUCCGGGCACAGCGUGCUGUCCGGGCCCCCACCCCUCUCGUUUACUUCUCUCUCACGCUUACAACUUUGUCAAUCUUUAGCAAAACUGUGCUGUUACCUUUUUGAAUGUUAAAAGAAUUUCAACACUGUCAACUGAAGCCCGUGCUGGUGUGUCGGGAAAUGCACAGUGUGUGUGUCUAAGAACUCCAGCACUGUCCGCUGAAGCCCGUGCGGGUGUGUCGGGCAAUGCUCCGUGUGUCUAAGAACUCCAGCACUGUCUGCUGAAGCCCGUGCGGGUGUGUCGUGCAAUGCUCCGCGUGUGUCUAAGAACUCCAGCACUGUCUGCUGAAGCCCGUGCGGGUGUGUCGGGAAAUGCUCAGUGUAACGCACUCGCCUCUCGCUCUGCUGUUAAUACCUGGCUCUCUCACCCUUCUGUCUGUCAGGGCCCUUGCGAUCUGAAUAUAACCGAGCCUGUGGAAAGCGUA